CAUUACCCGGAAACUGCGGCUUCGACAGACAGGAGAGAGAGGCAGAGCUGACUCGAUCCUCGUCAAACUGCGCUCCAGAUCCAGAUCCAGUUCCAGAUCCAGUUUCAGGUCCAGAUUCAGAUCCAGUUCCAGGUCCAGCUAUAGUCAGGGUUUAUGUGGAAGGACGCAAACUUUACUCGGACCCUGGCGGACUGCGACCGAAGACGGACACACACAUAACGACACCAGUGCAAGAAUGGAUACGCAGAACACGACAUCUCCUACGUUUAAUAAUUCAGAGUGUCCAUCAAUUGAUGACUUCCGUAACCAAAUCUAUUCCACGGUAUACUCUGUGAUCACCGUCUUUGGGCUGAUGGGCAAUGGCUUCGCUCUCUACGUGCUCCUCCGCACCUACCGGCAGACCUCCUCGUUCCACAUCUACAUGCUGAACCUGGCCGUGUCAGACCUGCUGUGUGUCAGCACGCUGCCCCUACGGGUGCUCUACUACAUCAACAAGGGCCAGUGGAACCUGGGGGACUUCCUCUGCCGGCUCAGUUCCUACGCCCUGUACGUCAACCUCUACUGCAGUGUCUUCUUCAUGAUGGCUAUGAGUUUCACCCGCUUCCUAGCAAUCGUGUUCCCGGUGCAGAACCUGAGGCUAGCCACCGAGAAGAAGGCAUGGCUCGUUUGCGUGGGCAUUUGGGUGUUCAUUUGCUCCACCAGUUCACCCUUCCUCCUCUCUGGUCAGCAUUUUGAUCCAAAGACAAACAAAACCAAGUGUUUCGAACCGCCAGAAACGGUACGCAGCCUCGAUAAACUAGUCAUGCUGAAUUACUUUUCCCUGGUGGUGGGUUUUAUUAUACCUUUCCUGGUUAUCUUGCUGUGUUACGCAGGCAUCUUGCGCACUCUACUUAGAAACAGUAACAGUGUGAACAAGCAGCGUUACACGCGGAACAAGGCCAUUCGGAUGAUCGUCGUGGUGAUGCUGGCUUUCUUGGUCAGUUUUAUGCCCUAUCAUAUACAACGCUCGCUGCACCUCCACUUCAAGGGCCGCAAGGACACCACCUGCGAUGAGGUCAUCUACAUGCAGAAGUCUGUGGUCAUCACCCUCUGCCUGGCUGCCGCCAACUCCUGCUUUGACCCAAUGCUCUACUUCUUCUCCGGAGAGAACUUCCGUCACCGCCUCUCCACCUUCCGCAGGGCUUCGGGAAACAUGUCUUUAACUCACCGAGGCCGGCAUGCUGUCCGAAGCUCCCCGCCUGUGGAGGAGAGUGAGCUGCAGUCCUGUAAGAGUGCAGACAAACUUGGGUAGAGGCAAGGAAAAUGAAGUAGCAGAAGCAGAUUUCAAUAAAGAAAGCUUAUUCUCCAAAGUAGUAUUAAUAAUAAUCAGAGAUUCCCAUGUACUACAUUCCAGUAUUAAGACAAAUAGAUCUUGUGCAUGCCUGGAUUAAUAUGCAUUUCUAUAAUUAUGGGAAUAUCUUUGCACGUAAAAAAUAUAUAUAUAUAUAUUAUGGCAUAUAAAUCAUUUUCUAAAAGCAUUUCAUAAUUCUGAUAUCUGAACCCACAGUAAGUGGUUAUUGGAUGUGGUCUGGUAUUCAUUAUUUGGCAAUUUAGAAGAACACUUAAUAUAUAAACAGAUUGCUUUCUAAUCUGCACUUAUGACAGCGUUUUGGGAUGUAUCAACGUAAAAGCUUAUUUUAUUGAAAAGAACGUAUUUUGAAAACGAAUGUA